AUGUCACCAGACACCUUCAGAACCAGCCCAGUGGAGCAGGCUCCUGCUGUUCCCUUCAGCGGCCACAUCAACGAGGGACUGCGGGUAGGGAAGAGGUUAAUCGUGGUGGGCGUGGUGGAGCCUAGGCCUGACAGGUUCUACAUCCUGCUGUCAUGCGGCCCGGGCCUGGGGCAGAGGCCCCCCUCUGACGUGGCGCUGGAGCUCUGCGUCCUCAUGAAGGAGUCCCAGGUCCUGUGCAGGGCGUGUGUGGGGCGCUGGGGCGCAGCGGAGAGGACCGCCCCCUUCUUCCCCUUCAUCGUCCACCAGCCGUUCAGGAUUGAGAUAUCAUGCCAACAAAGUCAAUUUCAGAUUUUUGUUGAUGGACAGCAGCUGUUGAGUUUCGGCCACAGAGUUCCCCGUCUCCAGGACAUUGAUACGUUGUGGAUUGCGGGGGCUCUGAGGAUCACUAAACUGGGCUGAAGGACUCCAGAUUCAUGGGCUUCUCAAGCUACAUUCUCCCCUGCUUACAUACAUCCUCUCUUUAAAACAGCUGGAAGUACCAUGCUGAAUGUUUGGAUACAGAUAAUAAAGAAGUACUUGUUUAUGAAGAAUCUGUCAAACUCAGACCCAAAGUUGUGUGUCUG